AAUAAUGCGACGGAUCAGCAGAAUGGCAGGAGCGCGUGACCGCUCCAGUGCACGCGGUUGAGGGUGACCCCAUCAUCAGGAGCUAUGUUGUUUCCAUCAAAACAGACCGCAUCCCUGCCUCCUUGGGCCGCAUAACCCCACUGAGUCGCAGUAUGCCAUCAUUGCGCUCCUCUUGCUGGAAGUCCUACACAUGCGUGCGCGAUGUAUUUCAACAGACGGUCGAAGAUCCACAGCGAGGGAGCCUCGCCUCUCUCCCAUCACUCGAACGGUGCAGGACCCGCGUGCUCGUCCACCGGCUACCGCAAGACAGAGGAUGAGAUGUCCGGAACCACAUCCCAGGCGGACCCGAUAGAUGCCACAGCGCGGACUGUGCUUCUCAACCGGCCCCAGACUACCAAAUAUUGUGACAACCAUGUCAGCACGGCUAAAUACGGGAUCCUUACCUUCCUGCCGCGCUUUCUGUAUGAACAGAUCAGACGAGCAGCUAAUGCUUUCUUCCUCUUCAUUGCUCUCAUGCAGCAAAUCCCUGAUGUCUCACCAACGGGUCGCUACACAACGCUGGUGCCGCUCAUCUUUAUUCUGACAGUGGCUGGGAUCAAGGAGAUCAUUGAGGAUUAUAAAAGACACAAAGCAGAUAACACAGUAAACAAAAAGAAGACAACAGUUCUGCGUAAUGGAUCAUGGCAGACCAUAAUAUGGAAGCAGGUGGCAGUUGGAGACAUAGUCAAGGUGACCAAUGGGCAGCAUCUCCCAGCUGACAUGGUCAUAGUGUCCUCCAGUGAACCUCAGGCCAUGUGUUAUACUGAAACAUCCAACUUAGAUGGAGAGACCAACCUGAAGAUCCGACAGGGUCUCUCUCUCACAGCAAGUGUUCAGUCUUUGGAGGAACUGAUGGCUUUAUCUGGUCGACUAGAAUGUGAGGGGCCAAACAGACACCUGUAUGACUUCACUGGAACACUGCACCUAGACAACCACAACCCAGUUCCACUUGGGCCAGACCAGGUGCUGUUACGAGGCGCCCAGCUCAGGAACACGCAGUGGGUUGUUGGAAUUGUAGUCUACACUGGACAUGAUUCCAAACUCAUGCAAAAUUCCACUAAAGCUCCACUGAAACGCUCCAAUGUUGAACGUGUGACAAACAUGCAGAUUCUCGUUCUGUUCUGCAUUCUUUUGGUCAUGGCUUUGAUCAGCUCCAUUGGUGCUGCCAUAUGGAAUAAAGAGCACACAGAUGAGGCUUGUUGGUACCUUUCACGUACAGGUGACAUCUCCCUGAACUUCUGGUACAAUCUGCUGACAUUCAUCAUACUCUAUAAUAAUCUGAUCCCCAUAAGUCUACUGGUCACACUGGAAGUGGUUAAAUUUACACAGGCUCUCUUUAUCAACUGGGAUGUUGAGAUGUAUUACUCUGAGACAGAUACGCCUGCCAUGGCACGAACGUCCAAUCUGAAUGAAGAACUUGGCCAAGUGAAAUAUCUAUUUUCAGACAAGACCGGCACACUCACCUGCAACAUCAUGCAUUUUAAGAAGUGCACAAUAGCUGGAAUUACAUAUGGGCACUUCCCAGAUCUGGACAGCGAUCGAUCCAUGGAGGACUUCAGUCACCUUCCCUCUACAAGUCAUGACUCAACAGAGUUUGAUGAUCCAGCUCUUAUUCAGAACAUUGAGAAGAACCAUCCCACUUCCCCUCAGAUUUGUGAGUUUUUAACCAUGAUGGCUGUUUGUCAUACUGUUGUUCCUGAGCGAGAAGAAAACCAAAUUAUCUUCCAGGCCUCCUCACCAGACGAAGGAGCGCUGGUUAAAGGUGCCAAAAGCCUGGGUUUUGUUUUUACUGCAAGAACACCCCAUUCAGUCAUCAUAGAGGCGAGAGGAAAAGAACAGUCAUACGAGCUGCUUAAUGUUCUAGAAUUUUCCAGCAACCGUAAACGGAUGUCAGUAAUUGUCAGAACACCUACAGGCAAACUGCGACUGUACUGCAAGGGAGCGGAUAAUGUGAUAUUUGAGCGUCUGCAUGAGGCGUCGCAGUAUAAAGACUUGACUGUGGUCCACCUGGAGCAGUUUGCCACAGAAGGGCUGCGGACACUCUGUUUUGCAUAUAUGGAUCUAGAGGAGGGGGCGUAUCAGGAAUGGCUGAGAGAGUACAACCGUGUUAGCACAGUGCUAAAGGACAGAGCUCAGAAACUGGAGGAAUGCUACGAACUCAUAGAGAAGAACCUGCUGUUGUUGGGUGCAACUGCAAUAGAAGAUCGCCUGCAAGCAGGAGUCCCAGAAACCAUUGCAACACUCAUGAAAGCCGACAUCAAGAUCUGGGUUCUAACCGGAGACAAGCAGGAGACAGCCAUAAACAUUGGUUACUCCUGUAGGCUGGUGUCACAUGGCAUGUCCCUCAUAAUCGUCAAUGAAGAUUCCCUGGAUGCAACCAGGGCCACACUAACAGCUCACUGUUCCUCGCUGGGUGACAGUCUGAGGAAAGAGAACGAGUUAGCGCUCAUCAUAGAUGGACAAACUCUCAAAUACGCCCUCUCUUUUGAAGUGCGGCAAGCCUUCCUUGAUCUCGCCCUGUCCUGUAAGGCCGUCAUCUGUUGCAGGGUAUCUCCUCUGCAAAAGUCGGAGAUUGUGGACAUGGUAAAGAAGCAUGUAAAGGCCAUCACACUGGCCAUAGGAGAUGGAGCCAACGAUGUAGGCAUGAUACAGACGGCACAUGUGGGAGUGGGCAUCAGUGGAAAUGAGGGCAUGCAGGCCACCAACUCAUCCGACUACUCUAUAGCGCAGUUUUCCUACCUGGAAAAGUUGUUAUUGGUUCAUGGGGCUUGGAGUUACAACCGGGUAACCAAAUGUAUCCUGUACUGUUUCUAUAAGAAUGUGGUUCUGUACAUCAUAGAGCUUUGGUUCGCAUUUGUAAACGGUUUCUCUGGACAGAUCCUGUUUGAACGGUGGUGCAUUGGCCUGUACAAUGUGAUCUUUACAGCACUUCCUCCUUUCACAUUGGGGAUAUAUGACCGGCCAUGCAGUCAACAGAACAUGCUACGAUUCCCUCAGCUCUACCGCAUAACACAGAAUGCAGAAGGUUUUAACACCAAGGUCUUUUGGGGUCACUGUAUAAAUGCUCUCAUUCACUCCAUUAUUCUCUUUUGGUUUCCACUCAAACUACUGGAGCACGACACUCCCUUUGACAACGGCAACAGUGUUGACUACCUGUUCGUGGGGAACAUAGUCUACACAUAUGUAGUGGUAACUGUAUGUCUGAAAGCCGGUAUGGAGACCACAGCAUGGACAAAGUUUUCUCAUCUGGCUGUUUGGGGCAGCAUGGUGCUCUGGAUGCUUUUUUUCACUGUCUAUUCUGCUAUCUGGCCAACCAUGCCAAUAGCACCAGAUAUGUUGGGCCAGGCUGGCAGGGUGAUGCAGUGCUGGAGCUUCUGGCUGGGCCUUAUACUGGUGCCAACAGCAUGUUUACUCAAAGAUGUGGUGUGGAAUGCAGGACGACGCACAGUGAAGAAGACUCUGCUAGAGGAAGUGCAGGAAUUAGAGGCUUGGGCUGUGGACCCUGGAGCAGCCGUCCUCAGAGAUGCCAGCGGCCGCAGUCUGAACGAGCGUGCCCACCUGCUGACACGGGUCUUUAGGAAAACGCCCUCCAGCGUGGGACGCUCAAACUCUGUGCAGCAGACCGUGUCACAUGGAUAUGCGUUCUCACAGGAGGAGCAUGGUGUGGUGUCUCAGUCCCAGGUUGUACGCUCCUACGACACCACCCGUCAACGGCCCAGUCUAUAGCUGGACAGCUUUCUGCUGAGGGGUCACCACAGCAACAGCUGGUAGAGACUUUAAUGACACACCUGUGCUGGGUGAUCUUGCUUUGGCCUUUUUGGAACUUUAACGUAAACUAACUGAACUGGGAACAGCUAGCACACUACUGGACCCAGCUACAUUUCACAUGGCCCCCCACAACGAGGCUGGACUUCUUGGAGUGAGUGGAUGUUCGGAAACAGAGGGCUGUGGUGGGCUGGGAAAUUGUUGCACUGAAAUGGCCAGUCAAAAUGCACUACUCAUGAACGAACAGACAAAAGGAGCCAAGUAGCAUCCAGAAGUGGAAAUGUUUCAUAAUGUUUCAUCACUAUCAUGAGUUACAAAACUGCUGCAUAACCACUCUGUGGAAUCUGUCUUUUGUCUGCAUUAUCUGCAUUAUAUAUUGUGUGGGUGCGCGGAUGCAUCUGGACGUUUGUUUGAGCAGUGAGCAUAUAUAUGCACUCAGAGAGAUCUCAAUUUUGUUGCGUGUAUGGCUUGUCUGUUGCAAUUGCUAUAUAUUUUAUUGGUUGGGGGCAGCUGUUGUGCACUUUUGUGUGUCUGCAAGUGUUUGUGAGAAGGCGGUUAUGUGUGUGUGUGUGUGUUUUUUUGAUGAGUCCUAACAUCCAUGUCUCCAGAGAAUGGAGUUUGGUGUAUUCAUCAUCACCACAUUGAUGCAGAUGAGGGGAGGCCACUCUAAAUAAACACAAAACACCCACACACAGUGACACACCCACCCACACAUGUAUGCACACUUUGGGGGAAUUCCUAAUACAGACCUGAGAUGGAGGAAUUGUGUGCGUUUCUGAGUAUGUGUGACUUACAGAUGCAGGGCAUUGCUUUAGACCCAUCUCUGUCAACAGACUUGCUUCGCACACAUGCACACACACACACACACGCAUCGUACCCCCUCCCAUCCAACAAGGAUGCCAAAAUACACAGAGAUUCCUCUGAGGCGGAACCCACACUACUGCUCCCACCCUGAGGCAUGGAGCUCCCAACUUACCACACACACACACAAAGACACACACAAAUACACCUUAUCACACUCUUGCUCUCUCUUUCAUUCUCUGUCUUGGUCUAUCCCUUCCACUAAUCUUCUACUUAAUGGCAACCUUUAUACAGAGUCUGUAACUUAGAGCUCAUGUUCUCUCUACCCUUCUCUUUCUCUGUCUCUCUCUCCAGAUCAGCAAUCUCCAUGUCUUCUUGUUCUCUUGAUCUAGUUAACCUUUCAGUCCCCCCUCUGUAUCACUCAGUGGUUGCUGUGGAUCACAGCUGUGGCUAUGUUUUGUCCACUUUCACUCAACCUGUCAGGUGUUUGGACUGUUGUGUCAAAUAAACUGGACUUGUGACUCUGUGUCAUUCUCUUUUUAAGGCUUGUUUUUGUCAUUUUUUUUUUUUUUGUUAAAGGAAUGAUUUGGCCAAAAAAUAAAUUCUG